CCUAUAAAUAUGUACGUUUUCAUAAUGCCGAAACUAUUCUUCAUUUUUCCUUCGUACUUUGAACUCUCAACGAAACAAUGGCUCGUUUCAAGCAAUCUCCUUGUAAAACCAUCGGUGAUGAAGCACCAAGGAAUCAACUCGCUACCAAGGCUGCUGGUAAAAUUGCUCCUGCAACUGAUGAAUUGAAGAAGCCACAUAGCGAUAUGCCCGAAAUGUUCGCUCUUCGUAACAUCCAUCUCUAUUCGAAUAACACCGAGCUGAUAAUUGACAAACUGCCCUUUCAACGUUUUAUCCGUAAAACAUUGCAGUCAAUCAGUACAGAUAUAUGUUUCGAUAAUUCUGCUUUUAUGGCCCUUCAGGAGGCAAGUGAGGCCUACGUCCUAAGUCUUUAUGAAAAAAAAUCCCCAGCUGCACCUGCAGUGGCAACUCCGAAGAAAAAUGCGAAGGCCCAGAAGCCCCGUGCAAAGGCAAGUUACCCGCCAGCGUCGGAGAUGGUGUACCCGGCUGAUUACGAAAUGAACAAUUAUGAUUGUGUUCGAUGUACGAUUGACGAAUUUCACAAAUAA